AUUGGAAGAUGAAAUGAAAAGUGCUGGCGGAGGUAAUCAUGCAUAAAGCCUGCCUGCCUGCCCUCCAGCCUCCGAGUGACAAGUGAAUUGUGAGCCACAAAGCAUCUGGCGUAGUCAAAGAUCAGAGCUGAUGCUCGGUAGAGGAGCUCAAGGAUCAGGGCGUCCGAAUACUGAGAGCUGCUUCUGUAACAAACCAGGCAUUUGGAAUCACAGCCACCAUUACAAAUGUAUGCAGUGUUUAGACACGAGAGGACAUGGGCUGGAACUAGCAAGGAGAAGAAAGCUAUUGAAGAGCAAGCCAGAGGAAGAGAGAGUGAAUCUGACCAGCUGGCCUUUAACCCAUGUGCUGCUUCCGUACUGCAGCGACAGAUAGUCGAUUUGAAGAGUCAUAUCAACGAUUUACAAGAGGCCAAUGAGAAUGUUGUCCUUGAACUAGCCAAAGCAGAUGAAGAGAUCUCCCAGCUAAAGGCUGAUAUGGCUAAACUGAAAACUGAAUACGAAGAUAGACUGCAGGACUCCCUACAAAGACAUAGCAUAUUCAAAGAAAAGGUCAGUAGAAAGCACGGAGAGCCCCUCAGUCCUAUCAGUCCUGGGAACAGCUUGGACCUUCAUGGAGAGGUCUGUCAGCUACGCAGCGAGUCAUGGAAACUCAGAGAGGCCAAUCACAGGCUGAACGAGGAGAACCACUGGCUGCAGGAGGAGCUGUGGGAUAUGAGGAGACAGCACGAACGACUGCUGAGAACAAUACUUAACGGAACAACUGACAGUACAGAGAGAGGCGACGGUUCUUCACUAGCUCAGAUAAUUGAACACAAUGUGGAGCACAAUGGGAAAGUGGAUAGAGUGACAAGCCUGCAGUCAAAGUUUGAGAGAAUGCCAUCCCCAGCACACUGCAGGUAUAGAAAUGUAAAAUCAGAACCCAACAAUGGACUGGCUGAGAUUGAACUGCCAUCCUGGGAAGAGAGAGAAAGGGAACGUGCACAACACAACAGCUCCCCUCUUUCACUGGACAGUGAUGGCACAGACUUCCUGCUAGUGGGCUUCAACAAAAGGAACUUUUCCUCCAAACAUGUGGCUUUUAAAGAUGUCCUGAGGAAGCAGAUCUCUCUGACUGAGGACAGGGUUCUGGGGGAUGCCCCCACUGAGCUGCCGUUAUCCUCCACCCGUCCCCCCAGCCCAGGCAAAGAAAGCAGACCUCAACCCCUGGGGCUGGGACGUCCUGCCCAAGAGACACUGCCAGGAGGCCUGCAGGAUGAUUCAGAUGAACUGAGUGAUGACGACAUGUCUUCAGUUAGUCAGAUCACCAAUGGCCUUCAUUCUCCAGUCCACGGCAGCGCCAACACAACUGCAAGUAAAUCUGCCAUUGGACAUGCCCCUGCACCCUACGGCAGCCAAGCUGUCCUUGGCCAAAGACGAUCCCCUCUCGUGGUUCUGCCCAGACGGCCCUUUGCACCACACAGCAUUGCGGAUUUGAAGGUUGGGAGUCUGGUUAAGUUCUCCUGGCCUGGAGGGAAGAUCAGCAAAGGAACCGUCAAGUACCUGGGAAGUCUCCCGGGGAGGCAGGAGAUCUACCUGGGAGUGGAGCUGGAGGGCAACGAAGUGGGAAAGCAUGAUGGGACCUUUGAGGGGAUCCGCUGUUUCCUGUGCAAACCCAACAAAGGAGUCUUUGUGAGCUUCAGCAAAGUGAUUAUGGCUUGGGAAUGAAGACAUUCAGAGACUGCAGUGGUCGAUCACCGAAAGGCUCAUACUGUUCUGCUCUAUUGGAUAGCUACUUCAUCUAGAGUUUGUUUAAGGAAGUCCUUCAUAAAUUACAGUAAUCUAUGCUGGUCCACAUACAAGAAGUAUAAGGCUUUGUUUGUCACUAUAAGGAUGAGCUGAAUACACAUGGUGGUGGAUACUUCUUGUUUUCCUUUUGAUAUUUUUAUACUGUGAAUAAAAUUUG